GCCUACGGGGGCGCUCUCACACCCACAUUGCCCCCUAGUCCAGUCAUGAAGCAGUCCGAGUGCAGGAGUCACUAGCACUUGGGUCGGACAAGGAAUGUAAAUGUCUGAGGACAAGGAAGCCCAGGAGGAUGAGCUCCUUGCUUUAGCAAGUAUUUAUGAUGAGGAGGAGUUCCACCGGGCGUCGUCUGCACAGGGGGGAGAGAUCCAAGUCUAUCUGGAGCUCCCCCCUGGUUUCAAAGUUGUUGUCAAAGGAGAGAAGCAAACUGAAUAUAAUGUCUGCUUCUUACCUCCUUUGGUGCUCAACUUUGAGCUUCCUAAAGACUAUCCAUCCACAUCCUCACCGGUCUUCACUCUCAGCUCUAAAUGGAUGACCAGAGCACAAAUGAGUGCUCUGUGCAGACGUCUGGAUGAGCUGUGGGAGGAGAACCAUGGCUCUGUGAUUCUUUUCACAUGGAUCCAGCUGCUCAAAGAGGAGGCUCUGGACUUCCUGGGCAUCCAGUCUCCUCUGGAAGUCAUCAGGGGAGGAAGUAAGGCAGGUAGUGAGCGCAGAAAAACCGACCCUGCAGCCACAGCUCUGACGCAGUGUGGAAGUCAUUCCGAAGCUGCUGAGGAGAAGAAAAAAGACGUGAAGAAAGAAAAGUCUGAACCGCAGUUGUCUUCGCCUUCUCAACUGGACCCGCGGGCAGUUCUGUCGAUGGACCCACGUGCCGACCUCCUACCUCAGCUCCUGGACUUUGACGAGGCGCAGCGGCAGAGGGUGUUUGACAGCAAGGUGUUCUGCUGUGGCAUCUGCUUUGUAGAGAAGCUUGGCUCCCACUGCCUCUGCUUUAAGGAGUGCCAGCAUGUCUACUGCAAGGCCUGCAUGACUGAAUACUUCCAGAUCCAAAUACGGGACGGCAACGUUCAGUGCCUUAAUUGCCCUGAGCCCAAAUGUACCUCCUUAGCCACACCGUUGCAGGUGAAGCAGCUGGUGGAUGAGGAGCUGUUUGCCCGUUAUGACCGUUUGCUGCUCCAAUCCAGUCUGGACCUCAUGGCCGACGUGGUCUACUGUCCCCGUCUGUCCUGCGGCACCGCUGUUAUGGUGGAGCCAGACACAACCAUGGGCAUUUGCUCAGCCUGCCAGUAUGCUUUUUGCACACUGUGCAAGCUGGGUUAUCAUGGUCUCUCCAACUGUAAAAUCCCUGCAGAUGAAUUGCGUAACCUCAGAGAUGAGUACCUGUCAGCCACAACUGAGGGGAAAAAGUUCAUGGAGCAACGCUUUGGGAAGAGAGUGAUCCAGAAAGCAGUGGAAGAAUCCUUUAGCAGAGACUGGCUCAAUGAGAACUGCAAAUGCUGUCCACGCUGUGGAACCAAUAUACAGAAAGUGGAUGGCUGUAACAAGAUGACCUGUACCUCGUGUAAACAAUACUUCUGUUGGCUGUGUCUAGGUCUGCUCAGCAAAGUCAACCCGUACAGUCACUUUAAUAACCCACAUUCACCCUGUUACAACCAACUUUUCCACGGUGUGGAUCUCGAUGAAGAAGAUGCCUUCUGGAGUGAUGAGGAGGACUGACAGCAGUGGGGUACCUCACUGCUGUAUCCCCCCCUUUUUGAAUGCACUUUAUCUCACAUAACCAUCACACACUACGCCUGCAUUAGCACAACAGUGCCACUUCAACCAUGUUCCAUCGUUAAUGAUUUGAAUAUGAUCAGACAUCUUUGGUAUGAAACAUUUAAUAUAUGGAAAGUAUUCAGUUUUUUUACUCAUGGUCAUCAAGGAUACAUACUUUGAUACGUGAUUAGUGGCCUCGCAAGUUAACUGAAAAAAAAGCCAAAUUUUGGUUGAAUUUCUCUUGAUUAUACGGUAGAUUAAUGUCUACAGAUCUACUGUCGCUCCUUAAUUGAACAUACACUUCAUUGUGACGGGUUUUGUUGUCUCGCAGGCUUAUAAUGAACGAGAGGUGAUACUGGAAUCAUGGAUUCAGUUUGGUAAAUUCAAGGUGUUGGCUUUCAAUUAGCUAGCGACUAUCCCUUUUAAGUGUUUCGUUGGAGGGAAAAGGAGGAGUGUGCAUUUGCCCUUCUUUGUUAUUAUAAAUAUCCUUAUUGUUGUAUUAAGUAUCUACCCUCUGGCUAGCUUUCUGUCAUAUGUCAAAAGUAUGACACAAACUAACAACCUUCAAGGUGGAUAAUACAGUUAAUUUUGUAAUCUAACCAAGACUCUUAGACACACACACACACACACACACACACAGAGGUUUAAAGCAAUGAAGGCAAGUGUACUCUCGUACUGUGUUUUGUCAGGGUGUGGUUUUAUUUUACCUUUUUACUGAAAAUUAUGUUUACAUUGGCUUUUUCUCAAGAUGAGUUAAUUUACAAGGAAAAUGUCUUUGUCUUUCAGCAAGGCGAGAUGAAGAGAGGAAUUUCAUGAUAUUGGUUGUGGGGAGUGGUUUCAUAAUUAGUUUGAGUCACAUGUUUGUUCAUAUAGAAUUUAAUAAUGGUGAACAGUAAAUAUCCCUCUGAUGGGGAUACAGGGAUGGUGAUUUUGGUGUGUGUGUGAGAAAGGAAAUCCUCAUGUGGUAAACAGCAGAGACAUUUAGGGAAUGAUUUAUUCACACCCUUUGUACAACAUUUUUUUUUUAAUGUUGCCAAACAUUAGUGUCGAAGAGAGGCCAUAGAAACUUGAUGUCUUGUCUAGGGAUACAAAAAAUGAUUUUGUAUGAUGUUAAUUUAUUUUAUUUUUUUGUUUUUACAUUUCAUAUAAGCAGUUCUGUUUGAAAUUGAACCCUGCAUCAAAUCUGUUCUUUUUCAACAUUGAAUGAUUUGUUCCCCACUGCUUCAGAAGUUCAGACUACUUUCAGAAUUGAUGCUGAUAUGGACUGAUGAAAAGACAAUCUCUGGUUCAGUCAUGGAUUCACUUUUUUGUUAAUGCAGACCCGCUGCCGCGGCAUGUCUCAUGUCAGAAACAUUUGAAACAUACUGUUCCUUAAAAUAAAUGUUACCACUUAA